CCCCUCCCCGUUAACGGCAAAAUGGCGACGGAGAGCUGUGAUUCUGUGAACAUGGACCCUGAUAUGGACCUGCUUAGUGACGAAGAAUUAGAGAGGGAAGCAGAAGGCUUCAAAGAGCAAGGCAAUGCCUUUUACAUCAAGAAGGAUUAUGCAGAAGCAUUCAACUAUUACACCAAGGCCAUAGACAUGUGUCCGAAGAAUGCAAGUUACUAUGGAAACCGGGCAGCCACACUUAUGAUGUUGUGUCGGUACAGAGAGGCUUUAGAAGAUUGCCAGCAAGCAGUCCGACUAGACAACUCCUUCAUGAAGGGACAUCUGCGAGAGGGCAAGUGCCACCUGUCGCUGGGUAAUGCCAUGGCUGCCAGCCGCUGUUUCCAGAGGGUUCUGGAGCUAGAGCCUGACAACAGCCAAGUCCAGCAGGAGGUAAAGAACGCAGAUUCAAUCCUUGAAUAUGAGAGAAUGGCAGAGAUUGGCUUUGAGAAGAGAGACUACAGGAUGGUGGUUUUUUGCAUGGAUCGUGCCUUGGAGUCCGCCCCGGCAUGCCACAGAUUCAAGAUACUAAAGGCAGAGUGCUUAGCCCUGCUGGGACGUUACCCUGAAGCUCAGUCUGUUGCCAGUGAUAUUCUACGGAUGGACUCCACUAAUGCUGAUGCACUGUAUGUGCGUGGUCUCUGCCUGUACUAUGAGGACUGCAUCGACAAAGCGGUCCAGUUCUUCGUCCAAGCCUUGCGUAUGGCUCCUGAUCAUGACAAGGCCCGACUCGCGUGCAGAAAUGCCAAAGCUUUAAAAGCAAAGAAGGAGGAAGGGAACAAGGCGUUCAAGGAAGGAAACUUUGAUGCAGCCUAUGAGCUCUACUCUGAAGCACUAACAAUAGACCCCAACAACAUUAAGACUAAUGCUAAGCUGUACUGUAACAGGGCCACUGUUGGAUCAAAGCUGAAGAAACUAGAACAGGCCGUUGAAGACUGCACCAAGGCCAUUAAACUGGAUGAGACCUACAUAAAGGCCUAUUUACGGAGAGCGCAGUGCUACAUGGACACAGAGCAGUAUGAAGAGGCUGUGCGUGACUAUGAGAAGGUUUACCAGACAGAGAAGACAAAGGAACACAAGCACCUCCUGAAAAAUGCCCAGCUGGAGUUGAAGAAAAGCAAGCGGAAAGAUUAUUACAAAGUGCUCGGAGUGGAUAAAAAUGCCACAGAAGACGAGAUCAAGAAAGCAUACCGCAAACGUGCACUUUUACAUCAUCCAGAUCGUCACAGCGGAGCUAGUCCUGAGGUGCAGAAAGAAGAGGAGAAGAAGUUUAAAGAGGUGGGUGAGGCUUUCAGCGUGCUUUCAGAUCCAAAGAAGAAGUCUCGUUACGACAGCGGUCAGGAUCUGGAGGACGACGGCAUGAACAUGGGAGACUUUGAUGCCAACAACAUUUUCAAGGCCUUCUUUGGAGGUCCAGGAGGUUUCAGUUUUGAAGCAUCUGGACCAGGAAAUUUCUUCUUCCAAUUUGGUUAAUUUGAGGAUUCCUCAACCUUAAAGAUACUACAUCAGGACUUUUCAACGUCAACCCCCUGACUCACCAUCCAUAUUUAAUGACUGACUUAUUGCAAGUCAGAUUCUUGUCUAUGCCAUUGACUGAAUGAAUGCAACCCAAUGACCACACGCAGCAAUCCCGUAUAGCAACAGCACCAAGACGGCUCAGACUGAGUUGAUAGUUUUACUGGUUCUUGAUUUGGGUUUCUUCUCUGCAGGAUGAAACAAACUUGAAAGUCAGUAAUGGCUAGCAACUGGUCCAAAUAUUCUCUUCUGUCUGAGAUAGGAGAGAUUGUGCAGCUAUUGUAUCAGAGCUUAUAGGGAUCCAUGCAGGAAGUGACGCCCUGGGGAAACUCUUGAGACGCAACUUAGCAAGCUAUUACCCAGCUCGUCUCAACUUGCUGCUGAGGAGGUUUUCUCUGCAUGAGAGUGAGUCCCUUGCUUAAUGAUUUUUGAUGAAAAUCACUGAGCAAGCAGCCUCCUUCUCUUAAUGAAGAAUCUGUCAGACAGAAAGUUGGCUGCUGUGAAUCCGCACUGAAAACUGCAUCCAUGUCAUAGGCAAAUAGGAGCCUUUUUUAUUAUUUACAGGUGGAGCUUAAACCUCCACAAACAUUACAUCUGAAGCACAGGAGAAAGACCACCGUGGAGACCGCUGUGCUGGUUUUAGAGCCAGCAAAGUCCUCUUCCUUCUUGUUGUCACAGGUUUUAUGUUUGAUGUUGCCAUUCACAGAUUGCUGCAUUGUACAUUUUACUGGAAUGUAAAGUGUUGAUUUGUGAUGAUAGUUGAAUAUUUUUUUUUCCAUUUUUUUUAUUUGAUAUGUAUAUUUAUUGUAAACUUGCUGUCUGAUAGAACCAUUGGUGUAAGAUAAGGACACUUUUCUUUUGUGAAGAAGAGUCUAUUAGGAUGGAAAUAAAGGAGAUGUUUUUCUUGAUAUUUAGACAGAAAUAGAAAUUGAAUGGCUAUGAUGCAGGCUGACUGCAACAGGUGGGCAUAAGAAUAGAGCAAAUAUGACAUAUGAUAUGUGUUUGCUGUUGUCCUAGAUGGUGAAGCACUGUGCAAUGAUGGAAACUUGUAAUGUUCAGUUGUGUUGGUGCACUAAAUGUAGAAAAGUGUCCUCAUCUUUGCUCAUCGUUUCUGACCUUCUGGUGAAAUCAUCCUCUCUUUGCCCUUGGAAAGUACCAGCCAUGUCAAUAAAGUUGGCCUCCUCUGGGUUUC